GCUGCGCCCUGCGCAGGCGGAGCUCCGGGAGAGCGGACACCCGGCGUCCACGACCCGCCAUGGGACGCUCCGGGAGCCCACGACUGCCGCCCCUGGGGGUCCUGCUGCUGGUGCUGCCGCUGUGGCUGCCACUUGGAGCAGGAGACUCCCUUCCCACAGAGAGCAGGUUUGUGAACAGCUGUAUCCAGGCCAGAAAGACAUGCCAGGCUGAUCCCGCUUGCAAGGCUGCCUACCAUCAGCUGGAGUCCUGCACCUCCAGUAUAAGCACCGAAUUACCCUUGGAGGAGUCUUCCAUGUCUGCAGACUGCCUGGAGGCAGCGCAACAACUUAGGAACAGCUCUCUGCUGGGCUGCACGUGCCACCGGCGCAUGAAGCACCAAGCUACCUGUCUGAACAUUUACUGGACCGUUCACCCUGCCCGCAGCCUUGGUGACUACGAGUUAGAUGUCUCCCCUUAUGAAGACACAGUGACCAGCAAACCCUGGAAAAUGAAUCUCAACAAGCUGAGCAUGCUCAAACCAGACUCGGACCUCUGCCUCAAAUUUGCUAUGAUCUGUACUCUUAACGACAAGUGUGACCGCCUGCGCAAAGCCUACGGGGAGGCGUGCUCAGGGUUCCGCUGCCAGCGCCACCUCUGCCUGGCCCAGCUGCGCUCCUUCUUCGAGAAGGCGGCGGAGUCCCAUGCCCAGGCCCUGCUGCUGUGCCCCUGCAGGCCCGAGGAUGUGGGCUGUGGGGAGCGCCGGCGGAACACCAUCGCCCCCAGCUGCGCCCUCCCUUCUGAGGUCCCCAACUGCCUGGAUCUUCGGAGCUUCUGCCGUGCGGACCCUCUGUGCAGAUCACGCCUGAUGGACUUCCAGACCCACUGCCAUCCUAUGGACAUCCUGGGGACUUGUACAACUGAGCAGUCCAGAUGUCUGCGGGCAUACAUGGGGCUGAUUGGGACUGCCAUGACCCCAAACUUCAUCAGCAAGGUCAAUGCUAGCGUUGCCUUAAGCUGCACCUGCCGAGGCAGUGGCAACCUGCAGGACGAGUGUGAGCAGCUGGAGAGGUCGUUCUCCCAGAACCCCUGCCUCACGGAGGCCAUUGCAGCUAAGAUGCGUUUCCACAGACAACUCUUCUCCCAGGACUGGGGCGACUCUACCUUUUCUGUGGUGCAGGAGAACCGUAGCCCGGCUCCGAGACCACAGCCCAGGCUGCCUGUUCUUUCUUUCUUCGUCCUUACUUUGGUUCUGCUUCAACCCCUCUGGUAGCGGGGCUUCCUCAGGGACUUGCAGCAUGUUACGGGUGUGAAAACGACAGCCUCCGGAAGAAGAUGCAGUGUGCAACACCGCGACCCUGGACCCAAGCAGACAUCCCACCUGGCACGUCCUGUCUGCUCCAGAGGAGGGCUUGGGAGAAGCCAGGAUCUAUCACCUUCGGAUCCUGACUGGCUGGUUUUCAAACCUCCCUUACCCCUUCCUUCUUCUGUCUCCGGCCGUCCCUCCUUAGGACUUUGUCACCCCAGUUUGGCCAUAUAUUCUGGUGGUGAUUUGCUUCCCCACCCCCCACCCUUCUUCCUGUUUCCCAGGAUCACCCAGAGCCUAACCCGAUCAGUCAUUCCCUGUUGCACUCUCCAGGAAGGCAGGGCUGAGGGUUCCGAGGCAGCUGAGGAAGACAUUCCCUUUGUGAGGAAGGCUUGUGUUCCCGUCCCCUCGCCCCUCUGAAUGGAAGGUGAGAGCCCGCUGUCUACACUGCCCUGCCGUGCAAUCCUGAACAUUGGGGCAUCGGGAGCUGAAGCCUUUGGGUCUUGCUUAAUGCCUACUACUGUCCCCAAGUCCCCAGCCCCUUGGAUCAUGAUUAAACAUUUUGACCUAAAA